CGUGAAAAUAAAUGUCCUUAAACAAGCACCAACAUUUCAAACCACAAAACAAAACGCUUAAGCAUCUUAAGGAACACAGUGGAAUUAAAAAGUGAAUCUUCCUUCCAAAUUUGUUGGUAGAUAUAUAUCACAGUGAUUCCAAUCUAACAAUUGACAUGCCUCGCAGUGGAUCCAGAUCUAGAAGAAGUGGUUCUUUCGGUUCAACCGUUGACAAUUUCUUGGAAACAAGCAUUUCUCAACCAGUUGAGGAAACUGCAAAGACGAGAUCUGACUAUAGCACAAGUCCACGUGGACGCAUAAGAAAUGGAACAAAUAGUCGAUCACGAUCACAGAGUUCAUCAAGAAGUAGAAGGAGUUUAAGUUCAUCACGAAGCAGAGGUAGAAGUUGCUCCCGCAGUCACUCCCAAAACAGAACAUAUACACCCAAUUUAUUACAAAGUAGAAGACAAAAUAGACACAACAAUAGUGGAAUACCCAACCAAACAAAGCAUGUGGAAUUAGAACAAGUUUUUUUGGAGCAAAGUGGGAUUGAAAUUGACCUCAAGUCAUUGAGCCUAAAGGCAGAAGAGGAACUAUCCAACCGACCAAAAAAUGGAGUGAUAUAUGAUGAAGUUGAAGCCAAUUUGAGAAGCAUUAAGAAACGAUUGAAAAUUUUGUCAAAGAAUCAUAAGACAUUCUCAAUUGAUGAGGCUAUUGAAAUAUCCGAUGCAGCUUAUAUUUUGAAGCUUAUGAGAAAAUCAGAACAUGAGAUUGAGUUGGCUGGGAAAAUGGCGCAUAGUGGCGCACUCUUUAUGCUUCAAGCCGAUAUGAUAGCCGAGAAAGGGCGCCAGCUGCUUGCACAAAGCAAGCACAAGUUGCGAAAAGCACUCUGUUAAUCAAACAAUAAUGCUAACAACAAAUUUUUUAACAUACAUGUUUUCGAAAGACUCUAUUUUAUUAGUUAAAAUUUAUAUGAAUACCACUAAACUAAUAUAAGAUCUAAAUGAUUUGGUGAUUCAUGUGUAAAUUUUAAAUGAUUAAAGAUAAUGUGCUAAAAAAUAUAAGUAAACUACUUAAGGAUUUAUACUCAGUGAAUAUCAAUGACUAAUUUGAAUUAGACUUACCGGAAAAGAUGUUGAAAAUUGGCCACACAUAAUUUUUAUUCAUGUAUUUAUGUACUACAAUAAACAUUCACCUUUGCAUGUGCUCAUUCUAUUUUA